AUGUCCUACAGGAGAAAGAGAAAAACUAUCUUUAUUCUUCGCUUUGGACUGAGUUUAACCUUCAAACUACCUCUUGCAGUAAAGAUAGCUGACAUGGCUGCUGAGAACUCCGGCUUCACACACAUCUCUGUCAUUUCCUACAAGUGGACCAUUACCAACUUCUCCUUUUGCAUGGAGGGAAUGACAGAACCCAUUACAAGUGCGACUUUCUCUUCAGGACCAUAUGACAAAUUCAAAUGGUGUUUAAGAGUAUACUCCAAUGGAAUCGAUGAAGAGAGCAAAGACUACCUGUCAGUUUACCUAGUGUUGCUCAACUGUUCAAUAAGCCAAGUUUGCGCCAAGUUUCAGUUUUGGAUUAUCAACAACCAAGGAGAAAAAUGCCAUGAACAGUCGAGCCAAAGCCUUUUCAGGUUCCUGCCUGACAGCAAGUGGGGAUUCAAACGGUUCAUCCGGAAAGAUUUCCUCUUAUUACAAGCAGAAUUUCUUCUCCCUGGGGACAGUCUCACCCUUCUAUGUCGAGUGACCAUGGUUCAAGAGUCCUGCAACGUUGGUAGACUGAAUAGGACCUCAGCAAUCAAGGUCCCAGGGUGUACGUUGAGAGAUGAGCUAGGUGAGCUGUGGGAGAAUUCCCUCUUUACAGACUGCUGCCUGGUAGUAGGUGAGCAGGAAUUCUGGGCUCACAAGGCCAUCUUAGCAGCUCGCUCUCCUGUUUUCAGAGCCAUGUUUGAACAUGAAAUGGAGGAGAGGCAAAAGAACAGAGUUGAGAUCCAGGACAUGAAACCAGAAGUCUUCAAGGAGAUGAUGGCCUUCAUUUACACGGGGAAGGUGCCAAACCUCCACACCAUGGCUGCUGGAGUACUGGCAGCUGCUGACAAGUAUGGCCUGGAGCGCUUGAAGGUCCUGUGUGAGGAUGCCCUCUGCAGGGACCUCUCAGUGGAGAAUGUGGCUCAUGUUCUGUUCCUGGCUGACCUACACAGUGCAGAGCAGCUCAAAAUGCAGGCACUGGAUUUCAUUUCAGAGCAUGCUUUUGAGGUCUCUGAGACCUCAGAGUGGAAUGCAAUGGUGGAUUCCCAUCCACACUUGCUGGCUGAAGCAUUCCGCUUCCUGGCUUCUGCCUAG